AUGAGCAGCGUCUCUUCCUUCGAACCCGACAAUUCCGACGACUCUGAUUUCUCCGUCGAGUCCAAUCGCGGGCGGCAGCAACGCCGCUCUACUUCCCGAUUUGAAUCCUUUGACGUCAAGUUUCCACUUUCAGAAGAGCGCGAUCUUUCACAAAAUCAUGCAGGCUAUGGUACGGAGCAGGAGGGAAGCGAAGAUGAACCGAAGUCCUCACAAAAUCGAUGGGAGCAACACGAUGCACUUCUCGCGGAUUUAAAGGGAAAUUCCUUAGACCAAUAUGUCACACUGUUAGAGCAAACCGAGCACGAUAUACCAGUCACCAAAUCGAUCGAGGACGACGACAAAUAUCCGAUAACCCAGAAUGGUUCGGUGAUCUGGACCUCGGGAGAAAAGGCACUACUCUUCAAACUCCUCGAUAGGAACGGCAAGAAUGGGAUCCAACAGAUCGCCGCUAUGCUCGGGAGCAAGUCAGAAUUGGAAGUAAUCGAUUACCUCAAACUAAUCCAUAGUGGCUUGGAAGACCAUAAAUGGAAGGAAGCUCCCGAAACAAUAGUUAUGGGUGAAGUUCCCGCUGCCCUGGAAGUGAGCAAGGAAUGCUGCGCUGAGCUUGAGAAAUAUGCGCGGGCACUGGUAAUGAGAGAGGAUCUUGAUCUGGAGCGGGCGCAUCGAUCAACUUAUGAUGCGAAUGCCCUUAUUGCCCACGAGCAGGCCUGGAAACUUGUUGCAGAAAAGGUCAACCCUCCAUUGCGAGGCAGAAUCGAUCUCGCCGCAAAUGUGCUGCACGUUCCAGGCUGGAUAAAUCUCUCUACAAUGCUCUUCAUGAACUUCGGCGGGUCAAGAUCGGAGGAUUGUUGGAGUAACAUCGUUCAAUCAAGAAAUGAGUCUCCCGCUCUACAUGGUGAAGCUCUCAUGGACUUCUAUGCUUUGACAAUGAGCAUCACGCGUCGCUUGGUUCAGUCCGCUAUCUUCUUUGCUAUGUCACGGCUACAUGGUCUGCGCGCAAUGGGUAGAGAGCGCGCAAAGUUCGUUCGAACGAGAGAUGUGCGGGCUGCCAUUGACGUGUUGAACAUGAAACACGACCGAGCUGGUUUCUUUGUCGAUGUUGCGCGUCGAAACCGUCUAGUGAUUACAGACAAUGUGGCUGGCGAGGAGCCUCGGAUUAUGAGCUAUGACGAGGCCCAUGAGAUUCUCCAGAAAGAUGAAGACUCCGACUCUGAACCUGAUCAAGAUGACAUCCCAAGUGGAUUGGAAGAAGACGACGCUCAGUCUGAAUCAGAUUCCGUGUUGUCGGAACCAGCUUCAGGCCCGUCUUCAUUGCCCCCCAUUGAAAGGAACAACAUACCUCUGGACCCCGAAGAAGAUGAUGCAAAUCUCCUCGAUCUAGAGAUGAGUCGCCGCGAAGAAAUCAACCUAUGGCGUUUAUUAGAAGAGCCCGUACCAUCUCGUUUUAAAGUUCCUCUCAUUUCGGAAACCCAAAAUGAAAAGGACAUACUGGUCCACAGAUCUCUCAGAGAUUGGACGUCAACAGAAAACUACAACCUGCGCGACCGCGACUGGCGCGAUCGAACUAUCUUUUGCAGUGAUUGGGAAGCGUACGGAGAUGGUACUCAGGAUCUUGAAGACGACUUGAAUGAGAACCGACGAAAAAGACGCUGGGCUAUGCUUGAGGAAGACAUAUCAGAGGAAAUUGAAAGUCCAAGAAAAAAGCAAGCCCCCGAUGUCAUCACCAUUGACGAUUCAGCCGCGGAGGAUUCUGGAGUCGGCGCAGCAGACGAUGAAGCUCUGACCGAAAUGAGUGACCGCAUGGAUGUCGAUGGAUCCAGUCGUCCUCCAAGUGUUGUGGUGCCGCGCUAUGGAAGUGCAGAAUAA